AUGAGAGGCGAGGUCUGCCAUAUUCACAUCGGCCAGGCUGGCACCCAGCUCGGUAACAGCGCUUGGGAAUUGUACCUCCUCGAGCACGGUUUGAAGGCAGAUGGCCGUCUCGACCCCGAGGCCACUGAUAUUGGCGAGCCAGGCUCCUUCGAGACCUUCUUUACCGAGACUAGAGACAACAAAUAUGUCCCUCGCUCCAUCUUCGUCGACCUUGACCCAUCUCCAAUUGAUGAGAUCCGAACUGGUCCUUACCGCCAGCUCUUCCACCCUGAGCUGUUGAUCAGCGGAAAGGAGGAUGCUGCUAACAACUACGCCCGUGGUCACUACACCAUCGGAAAGGAGCUCGUCGACAAUGUCAUUGACCGCAUUCGUCGUGUUGCUGACAACUGCUCUGCUCUCCAGGGCUUCUUGAUCUUCCACUCUUUCGGUGGUGGUACUGGUUCUGGUUUCGGUGCUCUCCUCCUUGAGCGUCUCUCCACCGACUACGGCAAGAAGUCCAAGCUGGAAUUCGCUGUCUACCCAGCUCCACGUGUCUCUACCGCCGUUGUUGAGCCAUACAACGCCGUUCUCUCCACCCACAGCACUAUUGAGAACUCUGACUGUACUUUCUUGGUCGACAACGAGGCCGUCUACGACAUCUGCCACCGUAACCUCGACAUCCCCCGUCCAGGAUACGAGCACCUUAACCGUUUGAUCGCUCAGGUUGUCAGCUCUAUCACCUCCUCUCUGCGAUUCGAUGGUGCUCUCAAUGUCGAUCUCAACGAAUUCCAGACCAACUUGGUCCCAUACCCACGUAUCCACUACCCGUUGAUCAGCUACGCUCCUGUUGUCUCCAGCAACCGAAGUGCCCACGAGUCUUUCAAGGUCCAUGACCUUACCUUGCAAUGCUUUGAGCCAAACAACCAGAUGGUUGUCUGUGACCCACGCAACGGAAAGUACAUGGCCGUUGCCCUCCUGUACCGUGGUGAUGUCGUUCCACGCGACUGCACUGCUGCCGUUGCUGCUCUCAAGUCCAAGGCCUCCUUCAACCUCGUUGAAUGGUGCCCAACUGGAUUCAAGCUCGGAAUCAACUACCAGAAGCCAAUGCGUGCCUGGAACCGUCUCGACCACAAGUUCGACCUCAUGUACUCCAAGCGUGCUUUCGUCCACUGGUACGUUGGUGAAGGUAUGGAGGAAGGUGAAUUCUCUGAGGCCCGUGAGGAUCUCGCUGCUUUGGAGAAGGAUUACGAGGAAGUUGCCAGCGACAGCUUGGAUACUGAGGGUGAUGAGGGUGUUGAGUACUAG